UACGCGCAAGGAUAAAGAAUACCAAUUGACACGUGUCUUACUGCGGAACUGUGCCUGGGUUUGGCCAAUGAGAAAGCGACUUCGUUUUCAUCCGGGUUUUGGGACAGCGGCAAUCAUGGCGCCACCCGUGAGAUACUGCAUCCCCGGCGAACGUCUGUGUAACUUGGAGGAGGGCAGCCCGGGCAGCGGCACCUACACCCGCCACGGCUACAUCUUUUCGUCGCUUGCCGGUUGUCUGAUGAAGAGCAGCGAGAAUGGCGCGCUUCCAGUGGUGUCUGUAGUGAGAGAAACAGAGUCCCAGUUACUGCCAGAUGUGGGAGCUAUUGUAACCUGUAAGGUCUCUAGCAUCAAUUCACGCUUUGCCAAAGUACACAUCCUGUAUGUGGGGUCCAUGCCACUUAAGAACUCUUUUCGAGGAACUAUCCGCAAGGAAGAUGUCCGAGCAACUGAAAAAGACAAGGUUGAAAUUUAUAAGAGUUUCCGCCCAGGUGACAUUGUCUUGGCCAAAGUGAUCUCCUUAGGUGAUGCACAGUCCAACUACCUGCUAACCACCGCCGAGAACGAGCUGGGAGUGGUGGUAGCCCACAGUGAGUCAGGUAUCCAGAUGGUUCCCAUCAGCUGGUGUGAGAUGCAGUGCCCUAAGACCCACACUAAAGAAUUCCGGAAAGUAGCCCGAGUACAACCCGAAUUCUUGCAGACCUAAGAAGCGACUUUUUACCCUAUGGAAGGGGGUAAGCUGUUCCUGAGUAUAACACCAAGAUGCUGCUGUCUUUAUUCAAACACCUGGCGUCGGCCAACAGCCACUUCCAGAAAAAUCUUCCAGUUUACGCUGUAGAUGGAACAUGUUUCUGUGAACCUAUCAGUGGAUUUCAUUCUCUUGAGUAAUAAAUCUUAUCUUUUCAAGGCA